GGCAAUUUCGUCCUCCGGCUGCUUCGUAAAGUAACGUUAAGGUUUUUAUUUGUCAUAGAACGCCACGCCACAAAUUACCAGUGAAGAGAGGAGAGGGAUCACUGAUUUCUCAUUUCCCACUCUCAUUCCAUUUGAUCUCUCGACUUUGACAGCACCGGUGCCGCCGAUUUCGGCAGCUUCCGUCGACGAGGGGGACUCUAUCAUUGACCACCGCAUUCACAGUCGCCGCCGCCGUCUAUCGGUCACCAUUGAAAAUAUGUGUGCAUGAUGGGGAUAAAGUUGAUGAUUGGAAGAAAAACAUCUUUCGUGUUUAAUGCUUUGGUUUCACAAUCACAAGUUGUAAUUAGAAUCAGAAACAUUAUAGUAUCACCAUACUUGUGAUGCCUAAAUGAAGACAGGUAGAGCAUGGCGUGUAGGCAUAAAAGACUUUCUAAUGAUGUCUGGUAUUCGACAAAGACCACAUCUUAAAGGGCCAAAUUGGGUUAUUAUAUUAGUUUGUUUAGUAAGCAUUUCUUUAAUUGGAGUCUAUCUAUACCCACCUAGAAACUCUGCAGCCUGCUAUAUCUUUUUCUCCAGUAGUUGUUCAGAGCCUGAAAACACUCCAGCAGUUCCUUCUAGAGAAUUAACCGAUGAAGAGAAUGCAGCCCAUGUAGUGAUCACAGAAAUCUUGAAGUCAACUCCUGUUAACUCCAAGAACCCUAAAGUUGCUUUCAUGUUCUUGACCCCUGGUCGAUUACCCUUUGAAAUGCUUUGGGACAAGUUUUUUCAAGGGCAUGAUGGUAGAUUCACUGUUUAUGUGCAUGCCUCAAGAGAACAACCGGCUCAUACUAGUCCACAUUUCAUUGGUCGGAAUAUACGAAGUGACAAGGUUGAUUGGGGUAAAAUAUCCAUGGUUGAUGCAGAGAGGAGAUUAUUAAUGAAUGCACUUCAAGAUCCAGAUAAUCAACAAUUUGUUUUGUUAUCUGACAGCUGUGUACCUUUGCAUCACUUUGAUUUUGUGUACAACUACCUAAUCUUCACAAAUGUUAGCUUCAUUGACUGUUAUGAUGAUCCAGGUCCACAUGGAGGUGGUAGAUAUUCAGAGCAUAUGUUACCUGAAGUUGAAUAUAAGGAUUUUCGUAAGGGUUCACAGUGGUUCACUAUGACCCGAAGGCAUGCUUUGUUAAUUAUGGCAGAUAGUCUUUAUUACAAGAAAUUUCGGCUUUACUGCAGACCAGGUAUGGAGGGGAAGAAUUGCUAUGCUGAUGAACAUUACUUUCCAACACUUCUCCAUAUGGUUGAUCCUAAUGGGAUUGCAAAUUGGUCUGUAACAUAUGUAGAUUGGUCUGAAAGAAAAUGGCAUCCAAGAUCAUAUAAACCUCCAGAUAUUACUUCCAAGCUUCUUAGAAACAUUACAGGUUAUGAAGUAAGUCUACAUUUCACAAGUGAUGAAAAGAAGACCGUGUUAAAAACACCAUGCAUAUGGAACGGAAUGCAGCGGCCUUGCUUCCUAUUUGCAAGGAAGUUCUAUCCUGAAACUUUGGAUAAUUUGAUGCAACUUUUCUCAAAUUCUACUGCAUUCUGAAAAUUAUUAUCAUUUAUGGAUCGAUUCACAACAGAAUUUGAUCCUUUUUCUUCCCAUAUACAAACUUAUGAUGAUGCCUAAUUCUGCAUGUUGCUGCAGAAUUGAUUAAGUUUUUAUGGAUUUCAUUUUUGAAUUGUUUUAGAUUGUAUAAGUUUCUACCGUUUUUUGAUGACACUUAUUUUUCAGUGCUUUUGGCAAUGGUUUUGUGCUUGUAUUGUGUUGUCAAUCGCAGGGGAAUUGUUUAUGGUUUAUAAGAUUUAUAUAUUGUGUGCAUUAAGUGAA